CACCUUUCUUACUCUGAGAAUUGGAAAACCAAGAAGGUUUUGAUGUUUUGUGUGACACCACCUGAAUUAGAAACCAAGAUGAACAUAACCAAAGGAGGUCUGGUGCUGUUUUCAGCAAAUUCGAAUUCCUCAUGUAUGGAGCUUUCAAAGAAAAUUGCUGAGCGGCUGGGGGUGGAGAUGGGCAAAGUGCAGGUUUACCAGGAACCUAACAGAGAAACAAGAGUACAGAUUCAGGAAUCUGUGAGGGGAAAAGACGUUUUCAUCAUCCAAACCGUUUCGAAGGAUGUGAAUACCACCAUCAUGGAGCUCCUGAUCAUGGUGUAUGCCUGUAAGACCUCUUGUGCGAAAAGCAUCAUCGGUGUGAUUCCCUACUUCCCUUACAGCAAGCAAUGCAAGAUGAGAAAAAGAGGCUCCAUUGUCUCCAAGUUACUCGCCUCCAUGAUGUGCAAAGCUGGUCUAACUCAUCUUAUUACUAUGGAUUUACACCAGAAAGAAAUUCAGGGCUUCUUCAAUAUUCCUGUUGAUAAUUUAAGAGCAUCGCCCUUCUUGUUACAGUAUAUUCAAGAAGAGAUCCCAGAUUACAGGAAUGCAGUGAUUGUGGCCAAGUCUCCAGCCUCGGCCAAGAGGGCCCAGUCUUUUGCGGAGCGCCUGCGCCUGGGGAUUGCUGUGAUUCAUGGGGAAGCACAGGAUGCUGAAUCUGACCUGGUGGAUGGGAGGCACUCCCCGCCCAUGGUCAGGAACGCUGCUGCCAUCCACCCCAGCCUGGAAAUUCCCUUGCUGAUACCUAAAGAAAAGCCUCCAAUCACAGUUGUUGGCGAUGUUGGAGGAAGGAUCGCCAUCAUUGUGGAUGACAUCAUCGAUGAUGUUGACAGCUUUCUGGCUGCAGCGGAGACCUUGAAGGAAAGAGGAGCAUAUAAGAUCUUCGUGAUGGCGACCCAUGGCCUUUUAUCUUCAGAUGCUCCACGGCUAAUUGAGGAAUCUGCUAUUGACGAGGUGGUGGUUACCAACACAAUUCCACAUGAAAUCCAGAAACUCCAGUGCCCCAAAAUUAAAACUGUGGAUAUCAGCAUGAUCCUUUCAGAAGCCAUCCGUCGGAUUCACAACGGAGAAUCCAUGUCCUACCUUUUCAGAAAUAUAGGCCUAGAUGACUGAACAGCUUUCCUUUUACCAAACCCCUGAGGGCCAAACUGG